AUGGAAUCUUUCCUCUCUGUCACUAUCAGUGUCACAGCGGCUGUAGCCAACACUGUCCCCAAAGUCCUCUCAGAUCUUAAUGACCUGGCUGCUCCUGAAGACCCCAAUGAUAUUCUAUCUGGUCCUGCCUGUUCUUUGGCUUCAUCGGUGUCUUGCUAUUGCUUAGAAUGUGCAGAGCACCGGUACUUCAAAAUUAAUGAAAAUAAAAUCAUUCCAUUCUAUCCUCUGCCUUCCGCACAGGACCCGGAUGUGGGUGUGAAUUCAGUGUCCAAAUACCAGCCGAGUCCGCACCAACACUUCUUUCUGCAUAUGCAGAGAGGAGACUAUGAGGUCAAGUGCCCAGAACUGGUGCUGGAACUGCCCCUGGAAGGGGAGAAGGAGCCUGUUCACUAUCUCACCCAUACAACUUUAGAUGAAGAAGAUCCGGUCCGCUCUGGCACGGUGCACAUUCGAGUGACUGUCCUUGAUUUCAGUGACAACACGCCAGUGUUUACUCAUUUCGUGUAUAGCAUUAGUGUCCCCGAGAAUGUACCUGUGGGAACAUCGCUACUCACGGUGAAUGCCACAGACUCGGAUGAGGGAGGAAAUGGGGAGGUGACCAAAUCCUUUAGAAACAUCAAAAGGAAAGCAACCCAAAACGAAAGCAAACCUUUCACUUGCGUGACUGCAUUGAAUUCCAGCCUGGAGGAUAAUGCCCAAAGCACUCUAUCUCAGAGGACAUUCUCCAGGGAGUCACCUCUCUCUUCCUAUGUCUCUAUUAAUUCAGAGACAGAUAUACUUUAUGCUCUGUGCUCCUUUGACUAUGAAUAGUCCCAGGAACUUCAGCUGAGAGUGACAGCUAGGGACCCUGGGGACCCUCCUCUCAGCAGCAAUGUGUCCCUGACUCUGUUCAUCCUGAAUCAGAAUGACAAUGCUCCAGAAAUCCUGUACCCUGCCUUCCCCACAGAUGGCUCCAGUGGAGUGGAGCUGGCCCUAUGCUCUGCUGAACCAAGCUACCUGGUGACCAAGGUGGUGGCAAUGGAUGCAGUGAAUGCCUGGCUGUCCUGUUAUCUGCUCGAGGCCACAGAGCCUCUCAGAGGGAGCUUCUCUGUGAUCCUGCACUCAGGGGACAUCAGGACUGGCUGGGCAUUUCUGGGCAAAGAUGCCCUAAAGCAGAAUCUCCUUGUGGCAGUAUCAGAUAAUGGAGAGUCUCCCCUCUCUGCCACCAUCAGUGUUACUGUGGCAGUGACUGACAGCAUCCCUGAGAUCCUCUCAGAUAUCACCAGCCAGGAAGCUCUUGGUAUUCUAGAGAGUUCUAACAUCAUGCUCUACUUGGUCACAGAAAUAGCUGCAGCAAUAGGUUUUUCUUGUUGUUUUGUUUUUGUUUUUGUUUUUUUGGCUUUCAACAUCAUCUUACUGACACUCAAGCUUCAUCAAUGGAGAAGAUCACAGCUCUUGUGUUCAUCUGAUACCCAUUUCUUGGGCAUGCCUGCAUUCCAAUUUGUGGGCACUAAUGGAGUUCAAGCUUUUCUCCAGACAUAUUCACAUGAAGUUUCUCUUACUAAUGACUCUAUGGAAAGGCAGUUGAUUUUCCCCCAGUCCAAAUAUGCAGACACCCUUCUAAGUCAGCAAAGCUAUAAGGAGUCAACAUUAUAACCCCUGUCUUUACUUGAAGUUAAACAAACAUUUUUUCAGGUAAACAAUUCUGUGAAAUUAAAUUACAAGUGAUUUCAAAAUUAAUGACUGUCUCUAAAGCUUACUAGAUAUCAUUUGCAUGUUAUAGUUAUUCUACCUACAAUUAUCACUUUCUCUAAUAAGGUUAUGAGUCUGAGAAACAUUCUAAUGAAAAGAUCAUAAUAUUUAAAAUGGGAGAGUACUUUGGAUAUUAAUUAUCCGUGUCUUUUAUUUGGGUAUGUGAACUGAUGCCCAGAGAUUUUAGUGGCUUGACCAAGGUUGCUCAAAAAGCUGUAUUUUUCCUAAGAGAAUUGACCCAAUAGUAUGAUACUCAGUAUACUUAUUUAGAGUAAUAUUUGAAUGUCUAUUACUACAAGCAGAAAUAGUCAGACAUGCAGGAAUUUUUACUGAAUAUGUGAAUGAAAAUCCAACUAUGAUUUGCCUCUCAAAUCAAAAGUCUAGAAAUUUAAUGCUAUAGAUAUGGCAAAAUGAUCUGAGUUGUGUAGACUUCUUCAUUUAGAACAUUUGAAAUAAGAGAGUUUGCUUCUUUCUUAAAAUUUCUUGCAGUUUGGUCUAUGUAGAAGGUUUGGAUUGACACAGGAAAGAGGGACUAUAAAAGUCUAGGAAGUGGAGUUUCACAAUAUAAUUUUAUUUCUUUUUUUUACUCUUUUUAUUAUUCUCAUUUUAUUUUUAUUUAUUAUAAAUUAUUCUUUUGAUUGUAUUGAACCAGACUUGGGAUUUUAUUGUGUGACACUACAAAUCAGAGAUGUCUAUCCAUUGAUGCAGAUCAUAAUUUAUCCUGAAUUUGUAGUUUUGCCUAAGGCACAAAGAUAUUAAGUGACUCUGAGGUCAUAUGUUGUUCAAUCAUUUCAGUGGUGUCUUCAUUUGGGUUUUCCUUGGCAAAGAUACUGGAGUGGUUUGCCAUUUCCUUCUCCAGAUCAUUUUAUGGACAAGGAAACUGGGGCAAACAGGGUUAAGUGACUUGCCCAGGAUCACACAGCUGGGAAGUGUCUUUGAACUCAAGUCUUCCUGACUCCAGGCAAUGUGCUCUAUCCAUUAUACUACCUAGCUGCCCCAAAGAGAGAAUUUGUUGGGAGAAGGACUUGAAUCUCAUUUUCCUUGAGUGCUGUACAAACUUUAUCUACUGGAUCACCCUGCCUUGCCAAUUAUCAUUAUUGAUUUAUAAAUGGCAAGUUUAUUAAUCAUAAAACAAAGUGAUGUGCAUUUCUCAAGUUUCUGUUUUGCAAUUGAUAUACCAGUGAAUAAUAGAAAAUCUCUACAUUUCAAACACUAUCAACAUUUUCUUCUGAAGGCAAUGACAAACUGGCUAUCUCUUAUCUGGAAUUGAUUGUUUAAAGUAAUAGUAAAUGUACUGUUGUUUUGUAAUUACUUUUGAUCUCCAGUGGAGCUUUCCUACAAUCUAUGAAAUUAGUGGUUGGAAGAUUAACUCAGGCAUAUUAUGAGAUACCAAUCAUUAGAGUAAUCAAAAUGUUUAUGACAAUGGUACUAAAUGGUAGAACAGUUGGGUAAUAGGUUAGAGAAGACGUUGCCUACAACUUGAACCACAUGGAUACUUGGAAUACUGAGAUAUAUUCUCUCACAUCCAAUUGUUCUGCUGUAACAAUUAUUUCCUUGAAGGUCUUUCUUAUUCCUAAAAACAUUAUCUUUUCAAUUCAUCAAUUUCACACUAAAAAAUUUAUCAAAGGCGUAUAAGACCAUCAAAAUACAAUUGAAAGGAUAUAAAUGUUAAUAUGGUCUAAGACCCUCAUUUUUUUUUAUGACUGAGGACACAAUGAGAAGUUAGGAAAUUAGCAUAAGCACAUAUAUAUUGCAAGCAGAAGCUCGAACUUUUAAAACUGGAUUUUCUGAUACCAGAUCCAUCUUUCCAGUUUACCAGAAAGGUUCUAGAAUUUCUCAGACACAUUUGUCAUGCCUAUUCUAGUAGACUGCAACAACUUAUUAAUUUAACAUGGGACUGUGCCUUUGUACUAUUCUCUUUGGGGAAACAAAAGAUAAGAUACUGAAGAGAUUGUGCUAUAUUGAACUUCAAGUUAAUGACUAAAUGGGCUGGAAAAUUUUAUUCAAUUUUGAAAAUGUGUUCAAGCUAAUUCCAUGAAAAAGUGUUUCAUGAAAUAUAGAAAGAAAAGAGGGACAAAAAUAUAAAUAUAUACAUAUAUGGAUUUAAGUAGACAUAAUGGUGCAGUUACAACUGAAAAUAUAAAUGAUAGGCAAACAUAUUAAUAUUAAAAGUGUGGAAAUUUCUUUAUUAUGACAUAAAAAAUAAUUAACUGUAAAGGGACUUACUAGCAAAGGUACACAAAAUAUUUUCUAUAGUACUGAAGAGUGAGUUUA